AUGCUUCGUUUGAUCAACCCCCUCAAGACCAGCGCCCGCGCCUUCUCCGCCGCUGUCCCUAAACAUGCUUACUCUACCUCUGCCAAGUCUGGUGGCACCAGCAAGCUUAUUACCAUUGGCUUGCCCAUGGGUGUCUCUGCCGCUGCUGCGUACGCCUACUUCGGUGACAAGAUGGGAGGAUCUGCUGCUGCCCCUGAGGUCAAGGCUGCCGCUGUCGUCCCCAAGGAGCCCAUCGCCUCUGCUCUGGACCCCAACGCCUUUGUCGACUUCAAGCUCAAGAGUGUCCACCAGUUGACCCCCAACACCAGCAAGUUCACAUUCGAGUUGAAGGACGGUCAGGCCUUGGGCAUGGAUGUCACCUCGUGCGUCGUCACCAAGUUUGUCAAGGAGGAUGGCAAGCCCGUCAUCCGCCCCUACACCCCUGUCUCCGAUGCCGACCAGACUGGAUCCUUUGACUUUGUCAUCAAGCGUUACGAAGGCGGCCCCAUGUCCUCCCACAUCCACGGCUUGAAGCCCGGUGACACCCUUUCCGUCAAGGGCCCAAUUAGCAAGCAUCCCUUCAAGACGAACCAGUUCGAGAGUGUCAGCUUGAUUGCUGGAGGAUCCGGUAUUACGCCCAUGAUCCAGGUCAUCAGCGGCCUCCUCAAGGACAAGGCUGACAAGACCAAGAUCAACCUCAUCUUUGCCAACGUUACCCCCGAGGACAUCAUCCUCAAGGACGAGCUCGAUGCUUAUGCCAAGGCCAACCCCGACCGCUUCAAGGUCACCUAUGUCAUCGACAAGGCCGUCGAUGGCUGGAAGGGCCCCACCGGAUACGUCAAUGCCGAGUUGAUCAAGAAGCACAUCCCCGAGGUUGCCACCGGCAACACCAAGGUCUUUGUCUGCGGACCCCCUCUGAUGAUGAAGUCGGUCUGCGGUCCCAAGGGUCCCAAUUUUACCCAGGGCGAGGUCGAUGGUGCCUUGAAGGAGCUUGGCCUCGACAGCGACCACGUCUUCAAGUUCUAA